CCGGUACGGCCUCCCGCGGGGCGGCGGGCCCCGAGCUCAGAGCGGCGGCGGCGGGGCUCGUUCGGAGCCCGCUCCGCCGGGCCAUGGCGAACAGCGGCUCCGCGCCCGGGGGCUCGGGCUCGGCUUCGGGUUCGGGUUCGGGUACGGUUCUGCCCACCCGCUUCCAGGAGACCGAGAAGCUGCUGGCGGCGACCGAAGGCCGGGAGGAGAAGGGCCUCCGAGGCUCCAAAUCCUUUACGGCCGCUUUAGCGGGCGAGGCGGAGCGCAACGGGCACGGGCUCGCCUACAAGUCGGUGUCGGUCGGGCACCUGGAAGCGGCCCCGCUCUCGCCGUCCCGGCUCAGCCUGGGUAGAGCCUCCUCCACCGCCACCAGCACGGCGGCACCGGAGCAGGGCCGCCCGCGGGACUACCUGGUGCUCGCCAUCUUCUCCUGCUUCUGCCCCGUCUGGCCCAUCAACGUCGUAGCCCUCGUCUUUUCCAUCAUGUCAAGGAACAGCGGGCAGCAAGGGGACAUGGAUGGAGCCCGGCGACUCGGCCGCAUGGCCAGGCUGCUCAGCAUCGUCUCCAUUAUCCUGGGGACCAUCAUCAUCGUGCUCUACGUUUCACUCAGCGUCAGAGUUUCCUAGAAGACAGACAUUUUAGCAUGCAAACACCUCGAAGAGGAGGAAGACAACUUUCCUUUUGGGGUUUUUACUUUCAGCCUUGCAACAAAAAAUUGUCACAGUGUAGGUGGGCAGCCCUGGACAGCCUGCUCUGGAGCGCCGUCUGAAGGAACGCAUGCUUCUACUUCACCGCCUCUUGGAAAUGAGUUUGUACAAGUGAUGGGAUAAAAAAACAUCGCAAGAAGGAAUGGGAAAGGACAUCGGACGCCGAGUGGAGAGGAGAAGGGGGAAAUCUACUACCUCAUUCCCCUCCAGCAAAACUCACGGAGUGGGGAGACAACUAAAGUACAAGAGGAGGAGAGAGUUUCAAGAGCGAAGCUUAUUUUAAAAGAAAAAUUUAAGGCGAGAACAGGACAUUUUGAAGAGUCCUAAGAAUUUUGGCACAAGUCACUGAAUUUUUGGGGGGUUGUUGGUUUUUAAAUCGUCAAAUUCUCUGUCUCUACAAAAAAAACCAAAGCUCAAACUGCCAUCAGGAGCUGAGAGCUGUUCCACGGAGGAGGAGGGAGAGCAGAGCUGCAGCAGGACCACGGCUCUGCUCCAAACAAAACGCAGCCGCAAAAGCUGGAGGAUGUGGUGGGUGCUUUUGUAUUUUUGAUGACAAAAAAAAAAAAAAAGAAAAAAAAAAGAGAGACAAUGACCAUUUGCAUGCCUUUGGGAAUGUUCUCCAUGUCUGUUCCUACAAGCUAUUUUAUCACUUAGGGCAGAUCUCAGAGCUGGCAGAGCGGGAUGUUGCUGCAGGAGAACGCCGGGCUCCUCCUCACCCCAAUCCCAUGGUGGGGUUUUUACGGAAGGAAAAAAUAAUGCUUUCUAUUCGAACGCACACAUUUCUCUCUCUGUGCACCCAAAGUGAGAUUAAUACUAGUGGAGGUGAGAAAAGAGCCUGGUUGAUCUGUAGCAGCAGUACCAAGGCACGGAAAGCCCGUUCUACCCACUUGCACAUUUAUGUCACAUCAUGUCCGUCACACAAAAGCUUCAGGAUGAUCCAGCCCCCGCCACUGUCAGUGCUCAUCUCCCCGACCCUUUUGAGCUUCAGCUUAGGGUCUUCCAGGAGAUUUUCAGAGGCACAGAGGAGUUUAAGAUCCCUGCUCCUGUCCCUGCACCCUUCACACGCUCUUCUGCAUCUCUGAAAAUCUCCAGCAUCCCCAGAGCUGACGGGCUUCAGUUCCACAAGUUCCACACCUAUUAUUUUUUAAUGUUUUAUAUUUAACAUAACGAGAAAAUAGACUUUGCUCCUCCCAAUCUGCCUAUAGGUACCCCACGCCCCACCACGUCUUCCAUACCGUGCGGCUCCUCGGCUGUUUCCCGCGGGAUCCGAUCCCACCACGCUCCCUCCAGCCCCAGCCCCUAUUCCUCCCCCUCUCCCUGUCCUUGCCGCGGGUUGUUACUGGGGUUGGUCUUCUCUCCGGCCACCCAGACUAUGCAAAGUUUCAUCGCCUGUUAUUUUAUUCAGGCUUUGUAGAUGGCUUCUGGCCAUAUCCAUUGGCUCCGUAUUAGCUGAGCCUCUCUCUUUUAUCAAAACUUUGCGGGCACAAGUACAUGGCCAAGAGCUGCACUCCCCGGCCCUUCUGUUGUCUCCAGCUGACAGCCUGGGACCUAGAAAUAUGGACUGCACGGACAAAUAAGGUGUUUCAGGGCAAUUCUGCUCCCUACCACCAAUCUCCUGAAAAAAAAAAACCAACCAAACUUAGACCAAAUCUAAUGCUUCUGAGGGCUUGUCUACAUGGAGAAUCUACUGCCCACCAUAAGAAACUUCACAACAUGGUAACUGCUUGGCACUAACUUCUUCUCUGGAGUAUGUGAGUGGGCACGCGUGCGCACGUGGGGUUAGCACAGGGGAGCGGUCCACUGUAAAUCCACGCUGUAGUUACUCUGCAGUAACUAAUGUGCAAAGCCACGAGCAUCGCUGUGAAAAUUCUCUUGUCACCUGUUCGAUUGCUCCUCUUGAAAGUGUUUUCUUUUGCUAGGUGUUAUCUGAAUCCAGGGGCUAAGAAAGCCAAAUCCCCUAGACACACUGUUAACACUUUUCUCUACAUUAAAAGGGAUUCCAGAGACUCACAGCAACAGCACAUCACUACAGCACUUUCUUAGGCUCCAUCCCCAUCCGCCCCUUUGCCAGCGCUUUAUUACAACCUAUUGGCUUCUAAAAUGGACAAAAGUUGCAACGUUUCUUUUGCACUUCAUUUUUUGUGAGCUUCAGCAAACAGGGGCCCCUGAGCACUGCUGGGUGCGAGCUCCCACCCGCAGCCGCUGCCAGGGUGCCCCUUGGCACCAGAUCUCUUCUUCCCAAGCUCUUCAGAACUCCCCCCCGGAGAUUCAAACUCUCAUCUUAUGAUUGAUGAAAUCCCAUCAAAUCCCCCAAACAUCUCCUUCUUUAACGCUUAGAACCCGAAAGCUGCUUGCUGGGAAACACACAUUAUUUUUUUCUGAGCUGCGUAAGGGCAGUGCUGCCUGUCCGUGCGUCUUCUGCCCUUUGUUCUUUGAGCUGCUGAAAUUCAGCUUAUGGUAAGAGCUGAGCAAGCUCCUCCUUGGGCAGGAAGAGGCGACAUUCAGGGAAAACUGCUGCAAUGAGUUAUAGCACUUGAGAGCGCCAAGUAUUUAUUAAGUAAGAAUUCAAAUGCUCUUUUAUCAUUAUAUAAAGCCUUUCAUCUAAAGUGCUUUACCACAUUUAAAGGAUUAAACCUUGCCACCCCCCACGAGGUGGGUUAGCAUUACGCUGCUCUAAUUGCACGGAUGGCAAAGUUGCUCAGUCAUAUGCACUGUACAACUCCAAAAAGAAACCCAUUUUUUCUUUCUUCUCCUUAGUAGAACCUUGUAUGAAUACAGAUUUCCUUUGAAUCUGAUUUUUCCAAAGAGAUCUAGGCAAACACACACUACACUUCAAAAUGGACUGGGAUACCUGCAGUCGUAGGAACGAGGGGCCUUUGCGAGGCAGCUGCAAUGGUCCUUGCCAGGAGAAGUCCCAGGCCGGUGAAGCAGAGCAGGAGAGGUACCAGAAUUCAUCUGAAUGCAGGAGAAGGCAGAAGCUUUCCCAAAAACCCCCACGGUGAUGAUUUGUUGCGUGCACCCAAAUGUAGUUUGUGCCUCCUGUCUUAGCCUGUAUCAUCAGGCUGCUGAGGCAACUCCUUCUCGUCUCACUAUUAAGUAUAAUAAAAAAAGAAAAACUAAGAUACUUAAAUUCCUUUCAUUUUAAAAUCUUCUUUCUGAUUAGAUACAAUUGCACUGCACUCUUGAAUACAGCUUUUUUUCCUUAUCCCGCAUUUAAAUCCAGGGGAAAGCCUCUACAGUUACUCCUAGCAAAAUAUUUUCUCUCCUUGUAACCUGGCUCUCCAGUGCUAGAGAAAUAAACUCCCCAGGGUUAUCUGGGAAGUCUCAUCUCCCUGCUCUCCCCCAGCUUCCCUGUACAUUUUGCAGCCUGAUAUUUUGCAAAGGUUUUACCACUAGAUCCUUGCUCUCCACAUCACGCAGAGUUUUAUCCCAGCUCAGCUGCCUAUUUGGCUCUUUUGGGUGCAUUAGUGUAUAUUCACGAAGGCAGAAGUUGCUGGGUCCCCAAGCCUUGACACACAGCUCACCUGCGAUCGUGUUAUGAGGAGGUAAAUCAUGGCAGAACUUCAUCCUGAGGCCCCCAGCAGGCUCGGUUCCUACUUUGGUCCACAUCUGAGGAACAACAGCAUCCCUCAUAAUUUUUCGCCGAUUUAGUGUUCACCUAAGCGCAAGCAUCUUUUUUUCCACAUCCAGGCACGACCGCUCCUCUCCUUACCUUCGUUUUUAGCACACAGGAGGACAAUCACAAAAACUAUGUCAGGAAAAGACUUUCCCUCUCCAUCCUCCCAAAGGAGCCCUAUUACUUAUGUCACAUCUCUCUGCCACCUGCUGCAGCCUCCUCUAAGCACAUACGUCAGAAUCGAGUUUUCUGUGUUUGCAGUUAUAACAGUCACAAAAUCCUCAGGAUUUGGCCGAUUUCUACCCCCUAGUGAAGCAGGCAAUAGGGGAGAGGCGAGAGAUCCAAGCGAUGCGGUGGCAAUCCAGGCUUACCUGACAGCGAAGUUGAGCUGGUAGGAGGAUAGCUCGCUGAAGAGAUGGAGAAGGUGGGAAACGUCUCUAAAUGUAAGUUGAAGUAGGAGUUACGAUCGACAAGUGUGAGGUCCUGGUGGGAUAUAAAUACACGGUUUGCACUGCUCGGGAAGAGUCUCUGAGCAGAGCGGAUGGCUGAUGGCACCUCUCUGCCAUCGGUGUCCCCGGGCUCCUCUCCCCAGGGUUUGGCGCAGAGCCGGGCUCUGCGGGGCGGCACGGAAGAGCCCUUGCUGGGUACAGCGAUGCUAGAUCGAAGGCUUAGGCUGAGCAAGCAAUUUGCUGCUGCCGAGCAGACAAGCUAGCUUGGGUUCGUACCAGCUUCUCGUAGGAUGCGACGACUGAUGGUCGGAAAAGGUCUAGCGCGGGUCAACUGGUCACAGCAACACGCUGGCUGGUGCCCGCCUGGGAGCCUGCAGAGGAGACCAAAGGGAUGUGAGCACAAAGGGAGGAAAGAAAAGAUUUGAUUUCAAAGCUUGCUCUCUUAAUGAUGUGUUUGUUUUUUCCGGGCGGUAUUUCACUCCCUUCCAAUUUACCCCUCUCUCCCCAUCUUUGUGAGUUUAACGUGCUUUCCCCUCAGCAUUUCUGCCCCUAGAGCAACGCACGAGUCUCGCAGGCUCUUCCCUCCCAUCCUCUGCCUUUCCUUUAAUGCGGGACAGGUCUUGGCAAUGAGAUGUCAUCGCUGGGCUUCGCUGAAAGGGGUUAUCGAGGGGUAGGGAACCCGCUCCUCCAAGGCUCUGACCCAGGCUGGCUGCGGACUCAAACAUGUACCGCUGCAGUAGCUGACCUUCCAAAUACAGAUUUCUCCAUGUAGACAAGGGGAGCAGAUCCUGCCUUUUAUAUAAAAUUAAAACUCUGUUUGCAUUCGGUCUGAGUCCAGGGAGAGGCUGUAGAAACGCACCCACUGGGCUGGUCCCAUGACUUUAUUUAUUCUCUUUUUCCUGAUACCCCCAACCUUGCCCUAUCACUUUAUUAUCACAGAACCACAGCCAAGGUUGCACAGUCAAGCUGAAAUAAUUUCAGGUUUAAGGUUGAUUUUCUUUCAGCGUACAUCCUUUAAUUUUGACAAAGACGGUUAGGUUCGGACUGAAAACUCCCAUGCUUGGGCACAAGCCAAGGGGGUGGUGGGGGAAAGCAGCCUUUUCAAAGUGGGAAUAUUUGUAAAGCAUUUGCUAACACCAGUAGGUAGCGAAAUUCAAACCUAUAAAUACCCAUCCAGGAUAAGAAACAUCAGAAAGGGAACGUGUGCAGGAUUCACCAAGGCAACCCUGAUACCACUUCGGAGCAGGUGCCCUUGUUAGAUGGUGCCCAGGACACAAUCCUUUGCGUGGAAGUGCAGGGUCUAUCCUCCCCGCUGCCGCAACCACUGUCCAUGCACCGGCUCCUCCUGUUUUGAAGCCAAACUGGAAGAGCCGUGUUUCACACGCAGCAUGAACACAUCAGGAAUUGCAGCUGGGCGCUUCUCUUUGCUGAUAAAUGUUUCUUUUUCUGCAGGAUGAUAUGAUAUAUCUUAUAUACUUUCUUUGUAUUUCUUGGCAUGAGAAAAAAUUAAAAUGUAACAUGCAUGGUCAAA